CAGCAGAUUAGGAAUCCGGGCCCUCCCCCCUCCUUUGCCCCCUUUCUCCCCCCUCCACACCCACACCACACCACUUGCUCCGUCGCUCCUCCCCUUUCUUCUUCCCAGCCCCUCGCACAGCCAACAAGACCGGAUCGAUCAGCCGGACCUCCCCCCUGCGACUCCACCGCCCUACAGCCGCCGCCGCGCAGUCUCAUCGCCGACGCCUCGCCCCCGCCUCUCACGCCCGUUGCCGGUCCCGCUCUUCCCCGCCGCCGGGACGCCGCGCUCGCUCCUGCUGUCUACUCCCCGCACCGUCCCAGCCUCUGCCCGUCGGGUUCUGAGGGAGAGCGGAAGGGGCCGAGGAGGGGAUUCGGGCAGAGGAGCAGCAGCGAGCCCCGGCGGCCGGCGGCGGCGACAUGUCGGGGGAGGACGUCCGCAAGGUCUCUCGCCAGGACAUACAGCUCGUCCAGAAUCUCAUCGAGCGCUGUCUCCAGCUGUAUAUGAACCAGAAAGAGGUGAUUGAUACCCUCUCCCUUGAGGCCAAGAUAGAACCCAGCUUUACUGAACUUGUUUGGCAAAAACUUGAGGAAGAGAACCGUGAAUUUUUUAAGGCAUACUAUGUGAGGCUGAUGCUUAAGAAUCAAAUAACGGCCUUCAACAAGCUUCUUCAGGAUCAGUUCCAGCUUAUGAACAAAGACUAUUCUUCAGGGAUCCCUUCUAUGCCUCUUACUAAUGGCUCCAACUCAACAACAUUGAAGCAAAACUCAUGCUUUUUACCAGAGUCCGGUCCCAUGUCUGCAAUGCCAAAUGGUGCGAUGCACAACGGAAGUUCAGGUGGUUUAGUAAAUGGUACAUCAUCUGGUGAUCAGUCAAUUUAUGGUGGUAAAGACAUUCACGGUCCUCGUAGUGGUAUGGAUGCUUCAACCAGCGUGCUACCAGCCCAGAAUGCAUCUGCUCUGCUGUAUGGUGCAGAUAAUAAUGGUACAACAAUAAAGACAGAGUCAAGCUAUUCGAGCAACGCUGAUUUUGCUUUCUGUGGGAAUGCUUUCCUUGAAUCAUGCCAAUCAAUUGGUGAUGCCUCGGGUGGUUCCUUUAGCAGCUCAGAGUUGAACGGACAACCACUGAAUGAUGCACUUUUGGAUAUGGAGUCAUCGUCAUUUGGCUUCUUGAGCCAGAUUCCCCGGAAUUUCAGUUUUUCAGACUUAACAGAGGGGUUCAACCAAAAUACAGAAGUAUUGGACAAUUAUAGCAGGUCACCAUUUCUCUCAUCUGAGCCAAAUAACUUCUCAGAUUCUACAGGUGGAGAACAUACAGGUAAGCGUGUAUGACUUUUGCCUUAAUCACGUCUCAUGCUGUGCCUGCAGGCUGAGCAGCUACCCACCGUUUUGUACAUAUUCAUGGAGAACUUGAGCAACUUUCAUGUUAGCAUUUUCCCUUGUUAGUUCCAAUGUCUUGUAAUGUAACAGUAUGGGAUGAGUUGUAACUUGAUGGGAACAUGCAGUAGUUCUGCCCCCCGGUUGCUUGCCGAAGGUAUUGUAGUUGUGCCUGCCUUGUACAUUGAUGUUGUGGCUGUAAGAUCCGCCAUUAGUCGCUGUGAUGUUUAAUUUGCCGAAGGUAUUGUAGUUGUGCCUGCCUUGUACAUUGAUGUUGUGGCUGUAAGAUCCGCCAUUAGUCGAUGUGAUGUUUAA